AUGACAUCUUACGCACUCGUCGAAGGCCGCUUUGUUGCCAUCGAAGGAGACAACAAGUGCCCGCAAUCACCUACUUAUUCAGUUGGUUCUACUGAUACCGGAUAUCUCAGCGAAGACUCAAGCAACUGCAGUUUGGCCGAGGCUUUGAAGGACACUAGCGAUUUCUAUUUUGACAUGAGUGAUCGUUGGAAGCAAGCCUUUGUACAAACUCUGGACGAUCCCAUCUAUCCCGAACCCGAGCCGCCGAAGGAGGAGGAGACCCGUUCUCCUCCACCAGGUUUGAGUCUUCGAGGCCUCUUCUCUCGUCAGCCGUGA